ACAUUUUAGUUUAGUCAGAGUAAAAAAUUUAACUGUACUUUGGGGUCCAUUUACAGACUUUUUAAGACGUCCUGUAGCUACAUUCACUUUUAGCUGGAGACAUUUGUUUUCAUGACGUUAAGAACCAUUUUUGUUGAGCGCUAGCUCGCGUUAGCAUUGUGGUUUCCAGGAAAAUGUGCAUUUAUAACAGCUAGCUUCGUUUUAGAUGUAGUUUUAAACAAUUAUUUUUAUUUGUAACCGUCUGUUCUUCUAUAAUAAGCUGAAUAAAACCCAUGCAUCCAUGAAAAAAUCUAAUAGGUUCAAAGUUUAUUUAGCUUAUAAUUUUUAUUUAUUAUUUUAAUGCCAAAGUUAACCCCAAACUAAUCGAUGAAAACAUGUUGCUUCUGUACACAGUUAGAUGUUAAUGAAGGGAAAUAAAAUGUUGUGUUUUUAUCCUGUUCUUAUGUAGUUACAACCAUUUAUUUAUUUUAAUAGCAUCAGUUAAUAUUACUGUGAAGUGAUUCUAAGUUUAGUGAUAGAAAUAGAUUAAGUAUUUGACACAUCAGUAACACACAAACAAAUAGGCAGAGAGCGCAGACGAGGUCAGCUUGCUGCUUUGUCCAUAGCAGCUGUGGUGAUCAUCGUUGGAGUCCCUCUAUGGUGGCGAACCACAGAAACCUACCGUGCCUGGUUACCUGUCAGUCAGAUAAAACAGCUGGCAAAGCUACAGCUCCAGCUGAGCGCUGACGUAGAGGUCGUCUUUGCUCGUGGUACUGUGACCCCCGAGCAGCAGAAGAAGGUUCCACUGACACAAACACAGGAAGAGGAACAUGCAGUGGACGGAGAUACAAUGUUAAGGUACAGGUUUGAGACGAGGUACCGCACAGCUACGAUCAUGGAGGAGGAUGCACUGAACAAGCCCACUGCUGCUGGAGCAGAUGAAUCUCUGCACACACUCAGCGAGAGUCCGUGCGGUUCUCUGGUUUUUUAUGUGAUCCCAGAGCUGUCCCUAUUGCUGCCUAAGGACACAGAUGUGUACAUCGGUCAGCGUCGAACUGCUCUGCUUCGUGUCAGCUCCCAGGUGGGUGUGGGUAGGACACUCGAGCAGCUCCUGGCCCAACUGGAGCCUCGCAUCAAACAGGUGCUGCAAGUGAUGUCUUUCAGCCACACCGACGUCUCUGCUGUCCUCAGUGACCGAGUCCGUUUCAACCCAGACAGCAAAGAGGGCAUUGCUGAUAGCAUGAGAGCCUUCAAAUCCAGCCCAGGUUAUGAGAUAACAUUUAGUCUGUUGAACCCCGACCCAACGUCACACCAGCUCCACUGGGACAUCGAAGGUGCUGUGCAGACCUACAUCCAGCCUUUGCUCACAAAACUCUCCCCCGUGGCCAACUUUAGCAUCGACUCUCAGACGUUGUACUACUCUGUGCUCGGGGUCAAACCACGCUUUGACAGCAGCUGCGAUGCCUACACGCUAAAUGCAGACAGCCUCGCACACGUCAUCAACCCGGUGGAGGCCAGACUUGGUUCUAAUGCUGCAUCUUCCAACCCAGUGCUGAAUUUCCUUUUGUACGUUCCUGAUGCUCACCAUUCCCCUCUUAAAAUCCAGGAUCAUAGGAAACAGGAAGUGCCCUCGAAUGCGUUUCAUUCUCCUCGUUGGGGUGGAAUUAUGGUUUAUAAUGUGAACGGUUUCUACGAGCCAGAGGCUGAGCUUCCUGUUGACAUCAGCAUCAACAUGGCUGAAGUCAUGGGAGUGUUUCUCGCUCAGCUUCGACUCCUGCUGGGUGUGCAGUCAUCCCCCCCUCCCCCCGGCUUCCUGGUGGCACCACGUGGAAGUUCAGGAUUAGCCGACUGGGAGCUGGACCGUCUCAUGUGGAGUCGUUGUGUGGAAAAUAUUGCAACAGCAACCACAACCAUCACCUCUCUUGCACAGUUGUUGGACCAAAUAAGCAACAUCGUCAUCAAUGACAACAUUGCUGAACAGGUAUCCAGUGCUGUAAACUCUCUGCAGCUGGCUGUGGCAGAACUGGAGGCUGGGAACCUCAAAUAUGCUCUGCAGUUGAGUAAAGAGGCCAUUUUGGCGUCAGAGAAAGCCUUCUUUGACCCGUCGCUCCUCCAUCUCCUCUAUUUUCCCGACGACCAGAAAUUUGCUAUCUACAUCCCGCUCUUCCUGCCCAUGUGUGUGCCUAUUCUGCUGUCACUGAUCAAAAUGGCAUCUGAGGCUAGACAGAAACGCAGAGAAAAGCUCGCCAAGAAGGACUGAGACCAAGUAACUUUAGGGAUUUGACUACAAACAUAUUUAUUUAAAGAUUGGUUUGCAAGUCAGUCAUGCAAGCUUUUAUGAUAUGGUUGCAAACUGAUUUAUGUUUACUUCGUUUUACUGAAUGGCUAAUGCAAUUGACACUGUACAGUUUAAAGCUUGAAUUGUUGUGAAUGUAAAUUUUAUAUUUGAAUUGUCUUUCCUUUUCUAAAUUAUGAACAAAUAAAGAACAAACCUGUUGCUUAUGA